AUGCCGCCCCCCGCGCUGCUGUGCGUCUUCGCGGAGCGGGCCGGCGGCGCCCUGGAGCUGCUGCUGGCCGAGGGCUCGGGCCCGGCGGGAGGCCGGUGCGUGCGCUGGGGUCCCCGGGAGCGCCGGGCCCUCUUCCUGCAGGCCACCCCGCACCCGGACAUCAGCCGCCGCGUGGCUUCCUUCCGCUUCGAGAUGCAUGAGGACAGGUAUCCAGAACUGCCUCCGCAGGCCCACGGUCUUGGUGCCGAUGGGGUCUGCAGACCCUGCAGUGACACUGAGCUCCUGCUGACUGUGUGCACCAGUGACUUUGUGAUCCAUGGAACCAUCCUCGGGGUUGCCCACAACACGGAGCUGCAGGAAUCGGUUAUCACGGUGGCAGCUGCCCGUGUCCUCCGCCAGACACGGCCGCUGUUCCGGGCCGGGGAGGCCUCCAUCCACACCCUGCUGCGCUGCGGCGUCCGUCCCGGCCCCGGGGCCUUCCUCUUCAUGGGCUGGAGCCGCUUUAGUGAGGCCUGGCUGGGCUGUGCACCCCGCUUCCAGGAAUUCAGCCGUGCCUAUGCAGCCGCGCGUGCCAACCACCUCCACCCCUGUGAGGUGGCACUGGACUGAGGGGCCCGGGAGCAGGGCACUGGGGAGGCACUGGGAGAGGGGGGGUGGGGAGGGGGAGCCUCCUCGUUGUCCCAGCUGCUUCUGAGGCGAUAGCGAUAACCAAUAAGAACACUGAUGUCAUUCGCCAGCGUAGAUGGAGUGUCCCAUGCCUGAGCCUGGCCCAUCUAAGCCCCUGCAGCCCCACGGCUCCGAUUUCUGCUUCCGAGUAGGACGCUGAGGCUCUGGGCAGUGGCACCUCAUCGAAGGUCACCCAGCUAGUGAGUGGGAGAGGGGUCCGUGCCCCAGCCUUGAAGGGGAGCUGCUGCUUGGGGUGGGGGGAAAGCAGGGACCCUCCCUUCCACAUGCGCCUCAACUCUGCUGCUCCGACCUUUGACGCCAGGUGCUUCUGUAACAGAACGGCAGUGGAGAAAGGGCUGUAACUCCCCAGGUCUGAGGGGGGAGGAGUCCUCUACUGGGGGCAGGGGGCAGGCCGAGGACAGCAGUCCUAGCCUGUGAGGGAAGGCGCUGCAAUCGGCAGGAUGCCAGACUUCCUUCUAUGGUCCCUUGGGAGCCCAGCAGCGUCAUCCUGGCCCUGUCUGAUCCUGGGGGAAUAUGGGCCCCUCUGUCCUGAGGGCCCUGAGACCCUGACAUGGCUCAUCCUCAUGGGGGUAGGGUCUCCCCUGCAGGGUCAGGCAGGUUGCCCGUUUCUGGGGGGCAGGGUGAUACAGUGGGGUCUCUAAGGACCGUUGCUCGCCACUGGCCCCAUCGUUGCUGCCUCCGCCUUCCUCCUCAGCCACAUGAAAAGCCAGUGCAGUCUGGGACAAAGCCCGGAAGGGGGAUGGAUGCCCCUGGGGUGGGGGUGCACGCAAGGGUUCCUGAACCCGGAUGGGCUGACUCUGCUCCCUCCAGUCCCACGUUCCUGAGAGAGCCAGAGCACAGGUUUGGGGUGAGGGGAGCACCUGGACCAAUAGGCUGAACCCCAGAAACAGCUUCCCAUCCUCACCUGCCAGUCCGCAGUGCGGAAGGAACUGACGGUGGGCAUGGACGCCCGAGGCCACAUCAUCUUUCCGGCAGGAACUGAGACUAGAAGAGGGGCCCGGCCAGUCUGUGCAGGGCCCAGACACAGGGCGCCUUCCUCCAGAUCUGGCUGCCAGUUAUGGGUAGGGGAGGCAGGUUCCCAGGGGUCUGUACCCGCCUGUUCCUCCUGGGGCUCACUGCUUCCUUCUCCCCAAACUCCCAACCAUGGGGUGUUCGGGGUCACACACUAGACCUCUCGUCUCCCUUGAUAUUCCCUCACUGCAGAGCUGGACCAGACUUGUGGCUUUAAACACCAUCGAUGUGCUGAUGACCCUACAUUUUGAUCUCCAGCAUGGACCUCUCCCCUGGGCCUCAGGCUAUUGUAUCCCUGUCUGCCCCCUCCCCCUCACCAAAGAGCAUCUUAGUGAAGACCAAGGAGGAAGAGAUGGGGAUACUCUCCUCCUGCUCUCUGUCGUGAGCUUUUGGCUCUGUCUGGGCCCCAAGGACGGCUUUCUCUCCAAGGCUAUCCUUACUGUUGGCAUCUGUCCUGAUUUUCUGGUCACCUGCCCACAGCAUUUCAUCAGAAGGAGGCGGACCCUGGCCACACCCAGGAGUCACUGUGGACUGCCUCCCAGACCACGUGUCCACAAAAACGCAGGGCAGGGCAGCUGCUCUGGGGUGAGCCUUUAGUUGGAUACUGGUCCCUACGUACCUGUCCCAGGACGUGCCGGAGCCUCCCAUGCACACACCCUGUGCAGAGAAAGUGCUAACUUUGCAACUAGUUUUCUUUUCAUAAGGUGAAGAAAGGGCGGAAUUGGGUAUGGCUGACAGGGCUAAAGGAGCCCUAGGGUUCUCCAGGUCGUGCCUCAAAGUCUUGGGCCAGGGGCUUCAUGCCUGCCCUGGAGUGGGGAAGACAAGGGGAAAUGGUGUGGGUGAGCAUGUAUGUGGGGGCUGUGGGCUAAGGGAGCUGGCCUGCGGGGCACCUCUGGGCAUGUGCACUCACACAAGCGUGCACCCAGCUGCCGAGGAGCAGAGCACCCGAGUAAACACGAGUUGUGGGCUGUGUGCA